AUGGGCUUUGGCGACUACUUCAAGGCCGGCAAGUCUGAGCCCCCUCCACCGGCCGAGGAUGCACCCUCGCAGGUCCAGCAUUAUGGGCCCUCCGACGUGUCGGAGAAGCAACCUCACUCGGCCCGGAACGGCAACGACAUGGAGCUCCUGCCUCCGACUCCUCGAUUUCAUUCCCGGCCACAGUCGAGCUCUGGGCGGUCGACGCCGUCAAGCCAUAGCUCAAUAUUCCUCGACGACAUCAAGCAUGAGGUCAUGGUCAACUACUUGUACCAGCAGCAAUGCUCCCAGCUAUGGGUUGGUGAUGGAUCCGGCGAGGCUGAAGGCGUGCUCCUGCGCAAGGCGCGUGGCCACUACAUGGCAUGCCCUUCCCAGCUCGGCAGCUCCCCGUUCGCCAUAGCCUGCGCCGCCAUGAACCUCCAGUGUGCCAUGACUGUAAACUCUCGGGUCAUCAAGACUUUCCUGCAAUGGUCUCCCGAUGCCGUGGACGUGCCCCUGAUGAACGGUCUGCGCGUCCAGAUCUUGCCCACCCUGGAGGACCUACCGCGAGCGCGAAAGCACCAGUUUGCCGCCUUUGUUGCCUCCGAGGGCCUGCUCAUUGUCUGGGACGAUGAUCCCCUGAACCUUGUGCAGCGCGCCAAGGCAAUUGAGUCGGAGCUCAUGGAGCUGGUGUGGAAGGCGGGCAAUAGCGACGACGACGAGGACGAGAAGCGCGGCGGCGCCGUUGCGGAAGCCGAGAUUGAUGAGGAGAGCGGUGAGAUCAAGCCGGAGAAGCGCCCCGUCCAUCUGCAAAACACGGUUCUGGUCUCGUUGACCAUGGUCCUCAUUGUCGUGUCGCUUGGUGCCGCUUGGAGGCAAUUGGCCAUCGAAGUGUCUGUCGACGGCAGCUAUAUCCGCCUGGCCCUGAUCGCGCUUUGCCCGGUCCAAGUCUUCUUCACCCUCUUCUUCGCCCAGGUCAUUGUCGGCUGCCUGGCUCAAAUCUUCGGCCCUGUCCGCCAGCUUACCAUCAACUCCAAGUUCUUCUCGGCUCGCCCUCCACCGCGGCUGCAGACCCCCGUCCUGCCUCACGUCACGAUUCAGUGCCCCGUGUACAAGGAGGGCUUGCAGGGCGUCAUCAUCCCCACUGUCAAGUCCAUCAAGCAGGCCAUGUCCACCUACGAGCUCCAGGGCGGCUCGGCCAACAUGUUCAUCAACGACGACGGGCUGCAGCUCAUCUCCGAGGAGGACCGCCGCGCACGCAUCGAGUUCUACGCCGACAACAGCAUCGGCUGGGUCGCCCGCCCCAGGCACGGCGAGAACGGCUUCCAGCGCAAGGGCAAGUUCAAGAAGGCGUCCAACAUGAACUUUGCCCUCAUGGUCUCGUGUAGGGUCGAGGAGAAGCUCCAAGCCAUCAACCGCCCGCCCGAGUGGAGCCAGCACGACGAGGCGCAAGCCUACGAGCAGGCCCUCAAGGAGGUGCUCGAGGAGGACGGCCGUGCCUGGGCCGACGGCAACAUCCGCGUGGGCGACUACAUCCUCCUCAUUGACUCGGACACACGCGUCCCUGCCGACUGCUUCCUCGACGCCGUUUCCGAGAUGGAGCAGUCGCCCGACGUUGGCAUCAUGCAGUUCUCCUCGGGCGUCAUGCAGGUUGUCCAUACCUACUUUGAAAACGGCAUCACCUUCUUCACCAACCUCAUCUACUCGGCCAUCCGAUACACGGUCUCCAACGGCGACGUCGCCCCCUUUGUCGGCCACAACGCCAUCCUCCGCUGGUCCGCCAUCCAGCAGGUGUCGUACCAGGACGAGGACGGCUACGACAAGUUUUGGUCUGAGAGCCACGUGUCAGAGGACUUUGACAUGUCGCUGCGCCUGCAGUGCAACGGUUACAUCAUCCGUCUGGCGGCCUGGGCCGGCGAGGGCUUCAAGGAGGGGGUGUCGCUGACCGUGUACGACGAGCUGGCCCGAUGGGAAAAGUACGCGUACGGCUGCAACGAGCUCCUCUUCCACCCCAUUCGAACCUGGCUCUGGCGCGGGCCCUUCACGCCCCUGUUCCGCCGCUUCCUCUUCUCCAAUAUCCGCUUCACCUCCAAGAUCACCGUCAUCUCGUACAUCGGCACCUACUACGCCAUUGGCGCCGCGUGGAUCAUGACGGCCGCCAACUACUUCCUCAUGGGCUGGUUCAACGGCUAUCUCGAUAAGUACUACGUCGACUCGUGGCAGGUCUGGUUCUCCAUCAUCAUCGUCUUCAACGGCCUCGGCAACGUUGCCCUCGCCGUCAUGCGGUACCGCGUCGGCGAGCGCAGCCUGCUGUACGCCAUCUUUGAGAACUUCAAGUGGACUUUUAUGCUUGCCAUCUUCCUUGGCGGUCUGUCACUGCACGUCAGCCAGGCCUUGCUGGCGCACAUGUUCGAGAUUGACAUGACUUGGGGGGCGACGAGCAAAGAAGCCGAGUUUUCAAACUUCUUCAUCGAAGUGCCCAAGGUGCUGAAGAAGUUCAAAUUCUCAAUGCUCUUCGCCCUCAUCUUCAUCAUCGGCAUGAUCAUCCUCGCCGUCGGGCCGUUUGUGCCGCAUGACUGGCGCAUCACCGACUUUGUCGCCAUCCUCCCCAUGGCCACGGUCGCGGCCAGCCACUUUCUUCUGCCGCUUGCCUUGAAUCCCGCCCUCAUGACCUUUUCUUGGUAG